CCGCUCCGCCUAUAAAGUCAGCGCGCGGCGGCCGCUCUCCAACACGCAUUUUGGCUGCUGCUGUAUCGUACUGUGUCCUCUGCCUUGGACUUCUGACCUCGCCUCCGUUUAAUUCGGAAUGGAUCCCAACUGCUCCUGCUCCACCGGUGGCUCCUGCACGUGUGCCGGUUCCUGCAAAUGCAAGGAGUGCAAGUGCACCUCCUGCAAGAAGAGCUGCUGCUCCUGCUGCCCCGCGGGCUGUGCCAAGUGUGCCCAGGGCUGUGUCUGCAAGGAGGCAUCGGACAAGUGCAGCUGCUGUGCGUGAUGCGGGGGAGGCUGUUCCCGGUGUAAAUAGAGCCACGUGUACAAACCUGCAGUUCCAAAACAUUUUUUCAUGCUACCCUGACCUGUUCGCUACAUUCCUGUUUUUAUGAAAUACAUGAGUUAGAAUUAAAAUUGUUGAUGUUAUUCUG